UGUCCCUGGGCUCAGAUCCAAAACCUUACACCCACCCUUCCUUGUUUACUCGCUGUUGGUGGCUUGAACUGCCGCUCGAGCCGCUCUUUCCUCGCUCUUUUCAACGUACUUGCCAACAUGCAGGUCGCCGUAGAAGAUGACCUUCUCUCGUUGACCCAGUCCUUGUUACUCGACGAUGUGCGAGUCACUGUCCUAGUGUCUCAACUCCAAUUUGAACCAUAUCUUAAUCCGUCGCAAGAUGAAACUUUGGCUACACUUGGGGGAGUAGAUGAGGAGCUUCGAUCGUUCCUUCGACGCAUAGUUCUGACACGGACACAUAUAUCGCCUGCAGCUGCAUACCUUGCAUCACUUCUGCGAGGAUGCGGCUACACUAUCAACCUAGUGGAGCGGCAGCUGCGACUUUAUGGCUCCAGCUACGGUGCGCGAGGUUAUGUCGCCGGUCGCUGGCCUCAGGCCCUGGUGGCAUUGCAGCAAUACAAGGCACUUCUCCGCGAAGGGCUUCGGCUCUUCAACCCCAACAGGUAAGCAUGACCUCGUGAUCAUCGUCCCCUAUCUUCGUCUGACCCAGUCGAAUCAUUCAGUCUUCGCCCGCCAUUCGAGGAACACCCACUCGCAAACGAUAUCGAGUACCAAAACACCAUCAUUCAACAGCUCUUACAAGACCAAGUCGAGUUCGAAGCCUCCCACUGGCAUGAGGUCUACCAAAACCACGAAGAAAUUGAAGUGCGCUCUGAGUACCCUCCAUCCACCUAUGUUACUCCUCCCAGCAGUAUCAGAGAUGGAGAUGACCCAGACGAUCCGCCGAUCCCCUU